GAGAAGGCAGGUUACAAAGAGGACUUUUAAUGUUCUAGGUUCCCCAAAUGUACUGCUGAAUGUACAACCUGAUAAAAAUGAAGUGGAGAAUGAGCAUACCCCACAAAAGCAACAAAAGUUGGAUGGUGUUGAUUUUUCCACUGUGCCUGGUGAUGUUUCUGUCUCGUUUCUUGCAAGUACACCAAAACCUGGUCGACCUCAGUUGUCAAGGAGGCGACCUAUGUCACCAGUUUCUGAAACAUUGGUGAGACCACAGAGCACACAAAAUGCGACAACCUCACAGGAAAAUGUAGAGAGUAAUUUCACUGAUAAUCAUUUAUUCAAACAGCAAAGAGUAAAUCAUAUGGAGGACAUAACUGGUUAUUUAAGUAGAAAACAAAUGGGAUGUGGAUCUCAGUGGAAAAGGUCUACAUUGAAACAGUCACCUUUGAAAGGUUCACCACUGAAACGGACAAGUUCACCAGUGAAACAGACAAUUUCUCCACAGAAGUGUGUACCAGGUAGCAGCAUCGAUGAUAAAAUUGCUUCCAUAAGUAAAUCUAGAAUAGAGCAAAAGCGGAACAAUGCAGAAAUAAUCAAUAGCAAUAACAGUUCCUCUAAUAAGACUGAAAAAGUUGUUCUAAGUAUGUCUAAAGUACGGUAUAAAAGUGUUUCUGAACAGGGCAAUCAAUCUGAAAGGACUGAAUGCGGAGGAAAGACGCAGAAAGUAUCAGUACCAGUCCUAAAUGAAAAUGUUUCUAAGAGCAGAUUUAACCAGCAAGAGUCUAAUAGCAAUACUAGAGAUGUGUCAGUCUUGCCUGAAACACAAAUUUCAGUGAGAAAUAUGAGUUCUGUGUUAACAGGUAACACUAAAUCUAAAACUAAUAAAUUCAUUAAUAGUAGGAGAAAUGAUACAACAGCAGUCAGUGAAGCUAGUUAUUUAUCAGAAAGACAAGAAUCUGGAAGAAUUUUAAGUAGAUCAAGACUUAGCAAUAAUGGAACAUCAAAUACAAGGGAUAUAAAUUUACAAGAUGAAGAUUUGAGUACAAGUAUGUCCAGUAAAGACAGAAAGUCUGCUGUAAACAGGAGGUUAGUGUCUCUCAGCAGAAAUAAAGGAAUAGCUACGGAAGACAUGUCUGCUAUAGAUCAGACAAUGAUGAUAUGGGAGACAGAUUGUCAGAAGAGAAGUCGUAGUGACCUCAUUGACCUUGAUGUUGUGUUGAACACUGUCACUGAGACUCUAGCAGCUAGAAUGGAUGUUUAUGACACAGACGAGGAGCAAUCGGCUGUAUAUCUAUUGGAAAAGUAUCUUACAAAAGACAUAACAUAUAUGAUACGAGGUGUACAAACUGUUAUUGGGCUUCAAACUAAGAUUAAAAAGAGUGGACAAAGUAUAAAACAGAAACAGAAGUCUCUGAUGGCCUUGCAGAAGGAGAGGAUUGAGAAGGAGGAAAAGUGUGGGGCAUUGAAGAAACAGAUGAAAAGUAAUGAGGAUUUGACCACCAUUACCCAGUUUUUGAUUGAUUUGAGUAAUAUCAUUGAACAAUGCUAAAGAAGUGAAUAAGUGAGAGAAUGUGGGUUUAGGAAUUUUUAGCUCACAUGUCACAAAGUGACAAGGUGAGCUUUUGUGAUCGGCGUCAGUCCAUCCGUAAACUUUUACUUUAAAAGACAUCUUCUCAUAAAACGUUAAGCCAAUUUCAUCCAAACUUCACAGGAAUGUUUCUUUGGUGGUCACCUUUAAAAAUUGUUCAAAGAAUUAAACUCCAUGCAGAACUCUGGUUGCCAUGGCAUUCGAAAGAAAAAAAAUCUUCUUUUAAAAAACCCAAAGAGCUAGAGCUUAGAUAUUUAUUUGGUGUGAAACAUCUUCUGGUGAGUGUCUACCAAGUUUGUUCAAAUAAAAGCCCUGGGGUCAAAAUUGGUCCCACCCAAGGGGUCAUUGAUUUUCCCUAUAUGUUUAUAGGAAAAACUUCAAAAAUCUUGGAGCUAGAGCUUAUAUAUUAAUCAUGAAACAUCUUCUAAUGGGUCUCUACCAAGUUUGAUCAAAUAAAAGCCAUAGCUUAAAAAUUGGCCCCGCACCAGAGGAAUCAUUGAUUUUUGUAUGUAGUAAAAACUGGCACCGCCCAAAUAAACGGGUUUGAUUUUCAGACCGUUCAGAGUCUAACGGCAUUUUAAGUACAAGCAGGUAGUUAAUCCAUUUUUUGCUUUACCACGGCUGUACCCGAAGUCUUUGACCUUCUAAAGGUCAAAUCAAAAUGGCCACCAUUGACCUUUACCAUCUACUUUAUAAUUUAUUAUUUCUGUGUUCAUAGCGUAUUGUAUGUCCAUUCAUCUACAUAGAAUUAAGUUUCCAUUACUGGCUGAUAAUCAAACAUGAUUUAAACAUUGACUACUAUGGCUGCCAUCUUUAAUUUCAAAAUGGACACCCUUUUUAACUUUUUGUGUCACCUUGAAAAAGGCAACAGGGGUUACUUUUGUCGUCGGCGUCCCCUUAAGCUUGAUUGACUUCAAACUUAGUAUGCAUGCUUCUUAUAAUGACUCGAAGUGCAGUGCACAAGAACCGGUACUCUGCAUUUCUUAAUUUUUGAGUAAUUGCCCUUUGUUAAUUUCAUACUUUAUUUUUGUCCGGGCCAUUUCUCCUAAUGUAUAAAAGCUAUGGACUUGAAACUUCAUAGGAUGAUAGAAUUCAUUAAGAAGAAGUGCAGUGCACAAGAACCGGUGCUCUGCACUUCUUAUUUUUUGAGUUAUUGCCCUUUGUUAAUUUCAUACUUUAUUUUUGUCCGGGCCAUUUCUCCUAAUGUAUAAAAGCUAUGGACUUGAAACUUCAUAGAAUGAUAGAUCUCAUUAAGAAGUGCAGUGCUCAAGAACUGGUACUCUGCAUUUCUUAUUUUUUGAGUUAUUGCCCUUUGUUAAUUUUCAUACUUUAUUUUUGUCCUGCUCAUUUCUCCUUAACUAUAUUGUUCACAAGGUGACACAUCAGACUCACGGAGUUCUAGUUUACAAAUAUAAGUAAAGUGCUUUAAAACAAAUGGAUCCUUCUGUAAGAAAAAUUAUCAAAAAUGUAAUAAUGAUAUAAGCAACAUGUCAUGUAGAAUUAUACACAAUGUGUAGGUAUACUGUAAACUUUAAUUGUUAAUUACAUCAUUUCUUCAAACUAUUACAGGUCAUUCUUUAUGGACAAUUAAUUAUGCCCCCCUUCAAAGAAGUGGGGGUAUAGUCACGUCUGGUAAAUGAUAGAGCUACCUCUUUAGGUAUACGGUUAAUCGCUCUAUCCCUACUUCCGAGCUAGUGCAUGUCGCUAAAAUCUUAUUUCAUUAAUAGAACUAAUAUCUUCUUGAAACGUAUUUGUUUUUAAUCUGAAUCGCUGUAUAGAUGAAAAUUGGAGGAAAAAUACUUUGUUUUAUGAUGAAACAGUCCAUUUCAACGCUGAAUUCGCUAACACGGAAACGCCGCCACAACUACAUUUCAAACACAAAUAUAACAACUUUACGUUUUUUGGAAACUUUAAUCAAAUAAACAUGGCAUAGCAUUCUCCGAAUUUCGAUAUUUGGUAUAGAGUUUACAAAAUAAAUAAAAAAUGAAAACAAUUGACACUUGAUUUCAGCGACCUGCACUAGCUCAGAAAUAGUGAUAGAGCGAUUUACCGUAUACCUCCGAAAGAGGUAGCUCUAUCAUUUACCAGGUGUGAUAUUGCUUUGCAUUUGUCUGUUGGUCGGUCUGUAUACCAAAUGGUUUCCGAGUGUCAGCUAAAGAAUGCUUAGGCUUAGGAACUUCAAACUUGGUAUGGUGAUUGUUCAUGACCAGUAGAUGAUCCCUAUUGGUUUAAGGGUCAAAGGUCAAGGUCACAUUGACCUUGUAGCUAAAAACAUUUUCCGACUGAUAACUAAAGAACGCUUAGGCCUAGGAACUUCAAACUUGAUGAUGAUUGUUCAUGACCAGCAGAUGACCCUAGUGAUUUUCGGGUCAAGGGGUCAAAGGUCAAGGUCACAUUGACCUUGUAGGUAAAAACAGUUUCCGACUGAUAACUAAAACACGCUUAGGCCUAGGAACUUCAAACUUGGUAUGAUGAUUGUUCAUGACCAAUAGAUGACCCCUAUUAAUUUAUGGGUCAAAGGUCAAGGUCACAUUGAGUUUGUAGGUAAAAACGGUUUCCGAUCAAUAACUAAAGAACGCUUAGGCCUAGGAACUUCAAACUUGUUGUGAUGAUUGUUUAUGACCAGCAGAUUACCCCUAUUGAUUUUGGGGUCAAAGGUCAAGGUCACAUUGACCUUGUAGGUAAAAAUGGUUUCCGAUCAAUUACUGAAGAACGCUAAGGCCUAGGAACUUUAAACUUAAUAUGAUGAUUGUUCAUGACCAGCAGAUUUUGGGGCCUUCUAGGUAAAAACUUGGCUGUCAUUAAUGAGGCCUACAUGAUUUAUAAAAUUUAUGCAUAUAUUAUUUGGUAAGAUUUGAAAUAACUUUGUCAUAAAAUUGCUGCAUGUCACUAUUACCUAGUGACUAGUCAUGACGAGUAAUUAACUCUUAUUGAUUUUUUGGUCACUAGGUCAAAAGUCAGUCAUAAUAACCUGAUCACAUGACUAAUUGGCUGCCGAUAGGGGGCAUACAUGUUUUACAAAUAUUCCUUGUUAUUAUUUAUCUGAGAUCCCAAAUGUGUAAUAUUUAAACAUGCACAAGUUAAUUUACAAUUAGAUGUUUAAGUUGUAAUUUUGAUGAAAUAACAUUUGGAACACUAAAUCAUUUUAUAACUUGAUUGUCAAAAGUUAAGGUAAGUAUGUUAAUAUUUCAAAAAUUGCCUUCAUCUUCAAAGGCCAAUGACUAUGUCUAUGCAGGCCACAUGUCGUUGCAACAACAUCUGCCGAAAGACCUGGUUUAAAAUAUAUAAAAAAACAGAAUCCUUAAAAACGCUCAAAGCGGCAAAAUUAGGCUCGGUUUGAUUGAGCCUGUUCAUGGACGGUACAGAAAAUUGCAAGCUACUGUAUAAACCCUCUAGCACCGGCCUAAGCAGAAAUCAUAAUUUAAACGUGAAAAUUGUGAAAUUACAAACAUUUUUUUAUGCCACCGCAGUAUCUAUCUGCGAUGGCAUAUGGCAAUUCACCUCUGUGUGUCUGUGUGAUAUAGAUUAUAUAGUGAACUUAAAAAAUCUUCUUGUGAAAAACCAAGAAUUUGAUUCCAUGCAGAAAGCUGGUUGCUAAUGCAACCAAAAGGAAUGAUAAGGAUUUUUCGAAGAAAAAAGCGGGAUAUAGAAAAAGCGGGAUAUAGAAAUAGGCUCCGUCAGUCCGUCACACUUUCGUGUCCGGUCCAUAACUUUGUCAUUCAUCAAAGGAAAUUGAAAUAACUUGGCACAAAUGUUUCUGAUAAUAAGACAAUGUGUCAUGCGCAACAACCGGACCCCUACCUCCAGGUUCAAGGUAGCACUUGCUCAUUGAAGGUCAACAUUGUCUAUUUGAUGGUAUAUGUCGUGUCCGGUCCAUAUCUUUCUUAUCUUUGAAGGGAUUUUGUAAAUACUGCCACAAUUGUUCACAAUAAUGAGACUAUGUGUCAUGCACAACAACCUGUCACCUACCUCCAAGGUCAAGGUCACCCUUGAAGGUCAAAGAUUAGCAUAGUCUGUUAUAAGGUAUAUUUUGUGUCCGGUCCAUAACUUUUUCAUAGAUCAAAGGAUUUUGAAAAUACUUCGCACAAAUAGUCACUAUAAUAAGACAAUGUGUCAUGCGCAACACCGGCAUCCCUACUUCUAAGGUCAAGGUCUCUCUUAGAGGUCAAAAAUUAACAUAGUCUGUUACAGGGCAUAUUUUGUGUCUGAUCUAGAACUUCUUCAUAGUUCAAGGGAUUUUGAAAUAACUUGGCACAAAUAGUCACAAUAAUAAAACAAUAUGUACAACACCUGCACCUCUACCUCAAAGGUCAAGGUCACACUUAGUGGUCAAAGGUUAACAGAGUCUGUUAUAUGGUUUAUUUGUGUGUCCAGUCCAUAACUUCUUCAUAGAUCAAGGGAUUUUAAAAAUACUUUGCACAAAUAACCACAAUAAUAAGGCGAUAUGUCAGGCGCAAAACAUGGGUCCCUACCUCCAAGGUCAAAGAUUAACAUAGUCUGUUAUAGGGUAUAUUUUGUGUCCGAUCUAUAACUUCUUCAUAGUUCAAAGGAUUUUGAAAAUACUUGGCACAAAUAGUUACAAUAAUAAGACGAUAUGUCAUGCACAACACUUGCACCUUUACCUCCAAGGUCAAGGUCACACUUAGAGGUCAAAGAUUAACAUGAUAGAUUUUUCAAUUUCGUGUUACAUUUUAUUUCUUUUAUAAAUUUAUUGUAGCAUUUGCAGAUCUAGCAUUGAUCAUUAUUUUGCACAGAAAGUCCUGAGAUCCAUACCUCAAUCUUUUGAAAUAGUACAAUUUUAUGCUUUAUUUAAAACUUCCCUGAGGCAGGGGACGUUGGUAACUCUGUUACAAAUUCUUGUUUGUAUAUGUCUGGCUUGAUUAUCUCCCUUUAAUAAGAUUGACUACCGUUUUGAACCAAAUAUCCUGGAAAUUGGUCAAUAAGGUUGAAAUGAUGAUUUUUAUAUCAAGUUCGAAUAUGGAUCACCUGGAGUCAAAAACUAGGUCACACAGGCUCAAUAUUGGAAAACCUUGUUUACACUCGAGGGGCUACUGUAACAGACAAAAUAUCCUGAAAAUUGGUAAGAAUUGUUGUUAUGAUGAUUCCCAGAUCAAGUUUGAAUAUGGGUCACUUGUGUUCAGAAACUAGGUCACACAGCCCUUAUAUGGAAAAACCUUGCUUACUCCUUAGAGGCUACUGUUGUGAUCCAAAUAACCUGAAAAUUGGUCAGAAGGUUGUUUUGGUGAUUUCGAGGUCAAGUUUAAAUAUGGGUCAUCUGUGGUGAAAAACUAGGUCACAAAGCCCAAAUGAAAUGGGAUUGAUCCUUCAUAAUCAGGUGAGCGAUAUAAGGGCCAUCAUGGCCCUCUUGUUUAAUAUGAUUUUGUGAAUGACAAAUUAUUGACUGGAUUCCCCACAAAUGAACCUUUGCAAAGUUAUCUUUCUUGAUUGACAUGACCCUGAUCUUUGGGUUGUUCAAUUGACUCUCAGGAACUACACGUCCUAGUACAUGUUCUUGUGCAAUUGACAUUGACAUAAAAUAUCCUUUCUCUUUGAAACCAAAACAUUUUCAUGGUAUCUCUAUUUGAAGAUUAAGUAAUAUAAUAAAGCAUAUUAUUUCCUAAUCCGUUAUUAAGCUGUGAAUUUGUGCUGAAUUAUUUCAAAAUCCAACUUUUUUUAAUUACACAAUCUUAAACAAUACAAAGUUUUUCAAGCACUUGCAAGUCUAAGUGUUAAGCUUUAAGCCAUGAUCUUUAUUAUGACUUGUCUCCAUAUGCCACACAUUCAUGCAAUUUAUUUCAUAAUCAAUCCGAAAAUGACAAAUAUGGACGGGAUUAAAAACGGACAGACAGGGACAAGUUCUUACUGAAAGAUUUGUGCGGAUGCCUGUGAUCUUCAUUAUUGUUUCUAUCUCCAAAUGCAUCCUUUUUGCCUCCAAUAACCACUGAUUCUUCCUAGAGGUCGAAUUAAUCUGGACCCCAACUGGUAACUAGCUGGCACUUGACAUGCUCGGAUGAAUAGACAGACGGACAGACAUUUGAGCAGCCGCCCCCCACUUCAGGGCGAUAAAAAAAACAAUUGAAAAAUCAUCGCAAAAGUUUUAAAGAACAUGUAAUGUAUUCUUAGAAGUAUAUAAAUAACAUCUAAAAAACAAAUGCAAAUAUGACUCUCAUUUAUUUUUGUAUAAUUUGUGACCUUUUUGCACCAUAAAGUUUGUAGUUUUAAUGAAUGCUUUUUAGCUCAACUAUUCGAUAAGAAUAAGUAGAGCUAUUGCAGUCACCCGAGCGUCGGCGUAACCACUUAUGUUAAAGUUUUUGUAAUAGUUCAAAUAUUUUCAAAGUCCAUAGACAUAUGGCUUUGAAACUUUGCACACUUGUUCACCAUCAUGACCCCAACCUGUAGACAGGAGGAGGUAACUCUAUCAAGCAUUUUGACAGAAUUAUGCCCCUUUUUUGACUUAGAAUUUACGUUAAAGUUUUUGUAAUAGUUCAAAUAUUUUCAAAUUCCAUUGACAUAUUGCUUUGAAACUUUACACACUUGUUCACCAUCAUGACCUCAACCUGUAAACAGGAGGAGGUAACUCUAUCAAGCAUUUUGACAGAAGUAUGCCCCUUUUUCGACUUAGAAUUUACGUUAAAGUUUUUGUAAUAGUUCAAAUAUUUUCAAAGUCCAUUGACAUAUGGCUUUGAAACUUUGCACACACUUGUUCACCAUCAUGACCCCAACCUGUAAACAGGAGGAGGUAACUCUAUCAAGCAUUUUGACAGAAUUAUGCCCCUUUUUCGACUUAGAAUUUACGUUAAAGUUUUUGUAAUAGUUCAAAUAUUUUCAAAGUCCAUUGACAUAUGGCUUUGAAACUUUGCACACUUGUUCACCAUCAUGACCCCAACCUGUAAACAGGAGGAGGUAACUCUAUUAAGCAUUUUGACAGAAUUAUGCCCCUUUUUCGACUUAGAAUUUACGUUAAAGUUUUUGUAAUAGUUCAAAUAUUUUCAAAGUCCAUUGACAUAUGGCUUUGAAACUUUGCACACUUGUUCACCAUCAUGACCCAUACCUGUAAACAGGAGGAGGUAACUCUAUCAAGCAUUUUUUUUACUAUCAAGCACUAAGAAUAGUCGAGAGUUGCUGUCCUACCGACAGCUCUUGUUUAAGUCUGCGCUUGUCAGUCUUAUUAAGUAUGACUGCACUCAUAAUAAAAGAAAACAAGCCUAUUAAAAAAGCCUUCUUGCGCUUGUUUACUUUAAAAAUAAUACAGUGUAUAGAAACAUAGGAAAGUGUCAGCAAGAUGGCUGCCACAAUAAUUUUUAUUUCAUCUAUUCUUCUCGUUCACAUUUCAGCAGACUAAAAUUAACAAAGCUUUAGAUUAAAAUGCCAAAAAAUGUGUUAACCCUUUACCUCAUGAGCAUAUUGUGAAAAAUGGUCGUUUUCGAUGAAAUGCCUCCUGUUACAAGUUCAAACUGCUAUGAAACUAUGAAAAAUGCUUCAAUACUGAUGAAACUUGGGACAAAUGUUGACUGGACCAUAGCCUCUGUAACAGCAUGCUCAAUCUUAAAUUUCCUGUUACCAUGGCAACGGGGGGACGUCUCAAAAUUGCCAAAAAUCACUAUUUUGCAUUGUUUUUUUUUCUAUCAAAACUGAUUUCAAAGUGCUGCAACUUCUCAAUGGAUUAAGAUAGAGUAAAAGGCUUUUCAGCGUUGGUAACACGUUACCUUACGAUCAACCUGAGGCCAUUUUUAGCUUGUCACAUGUCCAAAAUUUCCUUGGCGAUGAGGGGAGCUGCCACCCCCCUUAAAACCCCUCGAAACAGAAGGGGACACAUCCCCCUUUUGGCAUUCCCUUGAUGUACUUUUUUGAUAUGGGGCGGCACCGAAAAAAGCGAUCACUUUUAAUCAACAUUUCUCAAAUGAAAAACAGUGUUUAGGGGCCUAAAUAGGACAUUUUUGCCACUGUUUGAGGCCUGAAAAGGGGGGGGGGGUGAAAAGCCAUCAAAACACGUCUAUAUGAAGUAAAGGGUUAAUAUCUCGCCCAUGGAAGGAUUAAAUAAACAAACAAAAAAUUCUAUGGUGGCUAUUGAUUUUUAAAGGUCAAGCUGUGGUAGAGCAAAAAAUGAAUUCAUCGUACUUUAAAUAGGUAAGUAAGCCCAACUACCUGCUUGUACUAAAAAAUGCUGUUAGGAUGAACAUUUUCCCAAAAUCAAACCAGUCUAAAGGGGGUUAUUGAUUUUUAGCUCACCUGAGCAUAUGCUCAGGGUGAGCUAUUAGGAUCACUCUUCGUCCGUCGUCUGUCGUCCGUCAUAUGUCGUACGUCGUCCGUUGUCCGUUCACACUUUUCAAACGACAUCUCCUCUGUAACCAUAAGGCAGAUCAUAAUGAAACUUCACAGGGAUGUUCCUUGUGUGAAGCCUUAACAAAGUUGUUCAAAGAAUUCCAUUCCAUGCAGAACUCUGGUUGCCAUGGCAACCAAAAGAAAAAACUUUAAACAUCUUCUUCUAAAAAACCCAAAGAGCUAGAGCUUAGAUAUUUGGCAUGAAACAUCUUCUAGUGAGUGUCUACCAAGUUUGUUCAAAUAAAAGCCCUGGGGUCAAAAUUGGCCCCGCCCCAGGGGGUCAUUGAUUUUCCCUAUAUGCAUAUAGUAAAAACUUAAAAAAAUUUCUCUUAAAGAACCCAAAGAGCUAGACCUAAGAUAUUAAGCAUGAAACAUCUUCUAAUGAGUGUCUACCAAGUUUGUUCAAAUCAAAGCCCUGGGGUCAAAAUUGGCCCCGCCCCAGGGGGUCAUUGAUUUUCCCUAUAUGCAUAUAGUAAAAACUUAAAAAAAUCUUCUAUUAAAGAACCCAAAGAGCUAGAGCUAAGAUAUUUGGCAUGAAACAUGUUCUAAUGGAUGUCUACCAAGUUUGUUCAAAUAAAAGCCCUGGGGUCAAAAUUGGCCCCGCCCCAGGGGGUCAUUGAUUUUCCCUAUAUACAUAUAGUAAAAACUUAAAAAAAAUUAUCUUAAAGAACCCAAAGAGCUAGAGCUAAGAUAUUAAGCAUGAAACAUCUUAUAGUAAGUGUCUACCAAGUUUGUUCAAAUAAAAGCCCUAGGGUCAAAAUUGGCCCCGCCCCAGGGGGUCAUUGAUUUUCCCUAUAUGCAUAUAGUAAAAACUUAAAAAAAUCUUCUUUUAAAGAACCCAAAGAGCUAGAGCUAAGAUAUUAAGCAUGAAACAUGUUCUAAUGGAUGUCUACCAAGUUUGUUCAAAUAAAAGCCCUGGGGUCAAAAUUGGCCCCGCCCCAGGGGGUCAUUGAUUUUCCCUAUAUGCAUAUAGUAAAAACUUAAAUAAUCUUCUUUUUAAGAACCAAAAGAGCUAGAGCUAAGAUAUUUGGCAUGAAACAUGUUCUAAUGGAUGUCUACCAAGUUUGUUCAAAUAAAAGCCCUUGGGUCAAAAUUGGCCCCGCCCCAGGGGGUCAUUGAUUUUCCCUAUAUACAUAUAGUAAAAACUUAAAAAAAAUUCUCUUAAAGAACCCAAAGAGCUAGAGCUAAGAUAUUAAGCAUGAAACAUCUUCUAAUGGGUGUCUAGCAAGUUUGUUCAAAUAAAAGCCCUUGGGUCAAAAUUGGCCCCGCCCCAGGGGGUCAUUGAUUUUCCCUAUAUGCAUAUAGUAAAAACUUAAAAAAAUCUUCUAUUAAAGAACCCAAAGAGCUAGAGCUAAGAUAUUUAGCAUAGAUAUCUUCUAAUGGGUGUCUACCAAGUUUGUUCAAAUAAAAGCCCUGGGGUCAAAAUUGGCCACGCCCUAGGGGGUCAUUGAUUUUCCCUAUAUUGUAUAUAAUAAUUAAAAACUUAAAAAUCUUCUUUUAAAGAACCCAAAGAGCUAGAGCUAAGAUAUUUAGCAUGAAACAUGUUCUAAUUGGUGUCUACCAAGUUUGUUCAAAUAAAAGCCCUUGGGUUAAAAUUGGCACUGCCAGGGGGAGGGGGGGGGGGCAAAAGUCAUUGUUUUUCAUUAUUUGUGUAUAGUAAAAACUUAACAUCAUGAAACAUCUUCUAAUGGGUGUCUUCCAAGUUUGUUCAAAUAAAAGCCUAUGUACAGGUGAGCGACCCCAGGGCCAUCAUGGCCCUCUUGUCCUUAUAUGUAUAUUGUGAAAACUUUAAAAAAAAUCUUCUUUUAAACCCUAGGGUCUAAAUUGCGGCCCCCACAUUUCCCCUGCCCCCCCUUCUUCUUGGAACUGUUGUUUUCCCUUAGCAAAAGCAACUAGUAAUGUUUUUACACAUACACUAUAUUUCAGAUACAAACAUGUAGUUUGUGAUAUCAGUUUAAGAUUUAGAUUUUAUAUCUGCUUUUGUUUAUAGUUUACCUUAUUACUUGUUCCAUGUUUUGGAGAGUUUCUUUAUUCAGGUGAGCGAUUUCAGGGCCAUCAUGGCCCUCUUGUUUCAAACAUUGACCAGUUAGUUUACUGUCAAUCCAAUAUUUUACCAAUUACUGGUUAAAGAUGAGAAAAAAAUGUUAUAAGAAACAACCUAUCAGAUAAUUCUUAUAAUUAUUGAUUAUUUUUAGCUCCACUUUUUUAUGCCACCGCAGCAUCUGCGAUGCGGUGGCAUAUAGCGAUUCACCUGUGUGUGUGUUUGUUUGUGUGUGUGUGUUAUAUAGAUUAUAUAGUGAACUUAAAAAAUCUUCUUGUGAAAAACCACUACUCCAAUUUCAACCAAACUUGGCAGGAUUGAUCCUUGGGUGAAGGGCUUCCAAAGUUGUUGAAAGAAUUUCAUUCCAUGCAGAAAUCUGGUUGCCAUGGCAACCAAAAGGAAUUAUAAGAAUAAAUUUAAAAAAUCUUCUUGUAAAGACCCAAAAGGCCUUGAGCUUAGAUAUUUUGCAUAAGGCAUUGUCUGGUAGACCAUUACCAUAAUUGUUCAAAUAAUAGCCCUGGGGUCAAAAUCGGCCCCGCCCCAGGGGUCAUUGAUUUUCACUAUAUGUACAUAUAGUAAAAACUUAAAAUACCUUCUUGUAAAGACCCAAAAGGCCUAGAGCUUAGAUAUUUUGCAUAAGGCAUUGUCUGGUAGACCUCUACCAAGAUUAUUCAAAUUAUAGCCCUGGGAUCAGAAUCGGCCCCGCCCCGGGGGUCAUUGGUUUUCCUUAUAUGUAUAUAGGAAAAAAACUUAAACAUGACUUGUAGUAAAAACUUUAAAAAAAAUUCUUCUAGUAAUUGACAAAUGCUAGAGGUUAGAUAUUUUGCAUGAAACAUUAUGAAAUGAACUUCUAGCAAGAUUGUUUAAAUUAUAGCAAUGAGGUCAAAAUUGCCUUUGCCCCCGGGGUCAUUGAUUUUCAAUAUAAACAUAUAGUAAAAAAAUCAAAAAAUCUUAUUGUCUGAAGGUACAAGGAUUAAUGCUGUGGCAUAGCAUUUUUCUCUAAUGCAAUCUUGUUUUUUUUAAAAGUAGAGGUAUUGUUACAGUCAUAUUGCCGUUGACGUUGUCGUCUGCAAACUUGUAUGUUGAUCAUAACUUUUUAAGUUUUUGGUGUAUUGUCUACAUACUUGGCCACAACAACCCUUGAAACAAUACAGUUUAGUAAAGCAGACUAACCUUGACCUUCAUCCAUCAAUGGCAUUGACCUUCAAAUUUAAAUGUCUAAAUUUUGCUUGUUUUUUGCUGAUUGAUUAUAUAUGUAUAUAUACAUUUUUGUUCUCUUUUUGUGUCGCCUCUACGGAGUAGUGGCGACAUAUAGGGAUCACUUCUCCGUUGUCUGUCUGUCCAUCCGUCCGUCACAAAACUUGUCCGGACUACUCCUCAUAAACUACUGGUGCAAUUUCAUCCAAACUUUACAGGAAUGAUCAGUACCAAGUCUAGUUGUGCAUAUUGUCAGCAUUUUCAGGUUCAAUGAUUUUUGUCAGAGUUAUGGCCCUUUAAUAAUUUUUAAUUUUAAAGUUUGUCCGGACUACUUCUCUUAUACCACUAAUGCAAUUUCAAUGAAACUUUACAGGAUUGAUAUGUAGCUCAAGUCCUUGCGCAUAUUGCACAUGUUUUCCGGUUGAAUGAUUUUUGGCCGAGUUAUGGCCCUUUGAUAAAAAGGUGUUUUUUUCUGUGUGUUGCCAGAUACACAAAAGCUUGUCGGGACUACUCCUCAUAAACUACUGGUGCAAUUCCAUCCAAACUUUACAGGAAUGAUCAGUACCAAGUCUAGUUGUGCAUAUUGUCAGCAUUUUCCGGUUCAAUGAUUUUUGUCAGAGUUAUGGCCCUUUAAUAAUUUUUUAUUUUAAAGUUUGUCCGGACUACUUCUCUUAUACCACUAAUGCAAUUUCAAUGAAAGUUUACAGGAUUGAUCUGUAGCUCAAGUCCUUGUGCAUAUUGCACGGGUUUUCCGGUUGAAUGAUUUUUGGCCGAGUUAUGGCCCUUUGAUAAAAAGGUGUUUUUUUCUGUGUGUUGCCAGAUACACAAAAGCUUGUCCGGACUACUCCUCAUAAACUACUGGUGCAAUUUCAUUCAAACUUUACAGGAAUGAUCAGUACCAAGUCUAGUUGUGCAUAUUGUCAGCAUUUUCCGGUUCAAUGAUUUUUGUCAGAGUUAUGGCCCUUCAAUAAUUUUUAUGCCCCCGCCAUAUAAUGGCAAGGGCAUAUAGUGUUACCCUGUUCCGUCCUUCCGUCAUCAUCAGUUUCCGUUCAUUAUCUUAAUAACCGUUGCACAUAUUGAACUCAAAUUUGACAUAUAGAUAUGUCAUGAGAAAAUACAGGUCAAGUUCGAAAUUGGUCAUGGUUCGAUGAUUUUUUGCAGACAUAUUGCCCCUUUUACUUUGAAAAUAAUAUGAAAUUUUCAGUUUCCGUUCAUUAUCUCCCCAACGGUACAACACAUUCAACUCAAACUUGACAUAUGGAUAUGUCAUGAGAAAAUACAGGUCAAGAGUAAAUUUGGUCAUGGUUCGAUGAUUUUUGGCAGAGUUAUGCCCCUUUUGCUUUGAAAAUAAUAUGAAAUUUUCAGUUUCCGUUCAUUAACUCCCCAAUGGUACAACACAUUAAACUCAAACUUGACAUAUGGAUGCGUCAAAGAAAUGCGCAGGUUAAGUUCAAAUUUGGUCAUGGUUUGAUGAUUUUUGGCAGAGUUAUGCCCCUUUCACUUUGAAAAUGAUAUGAAAUUUUCAGUUUCCGUUCAUUAUCUCCCCAAUGGUACUACACAUUCAACUCAAAUUUGACAUAUGGAUAUAUUUUUGGAAUGCACAGGCCAAGUUCGAAUUUGGUCAUGGUUCGAUGAUUUUUGGCAGAGUUAUGCCCCUUUCACUUUGAAAAUGAUAUGAAAUUUACAGUUUCUGUUCAUUAUCAACCCAACAGUGUUACAUAUUCAACUCAAAAUUGACAUAUGGAUAUGUCAAAGGAAUGUGCAGAUCAAGUUGGAAUUUGGUCAUGGUUCGAUGAUUUUUUGGCAGAGUUAUGUUCCUUUCACUUUGAAAAUAAUAUAGAUACAUCUUAGGAAUAAGCAGUUUAAGUUGGAAUUUGGUCGUUGUUCAAUGAUUUUGGACAAACUUAUCUUUCCUGAAUGUUGGAAAAAUUUUGAACUUUCAGUUUCAGCACUCAUACUUUUCUGGAAAUGUAUAUAGCCAUUAUUUUGGCUACAAAUAUGCAAUAUGCUGUUUUCAAAAGGUUAAGACUGAAUAAUUUCAGUGCCUUGAACAUUGUAUAAAAAUGGUUUGUGUUAACAUUGAAAAGUUUUAAGGGCUUUGAACAUAGAAUGAAAAAAAUAAUUUGUGCAAACAAAUUUGGAACUAAAUAUUAUAACAUUUGAAAUUUUGGCUGCAUGCGGGGGCAUCCGUGGCAUGAUGACACAUUUCUAGUUAUUUUUAAAGUUUGUCCGGACUACUUCUCUUGUACCACUAAUGCAAUUUCAAUGAAACUUUACAGGAUUGAUCUGUAGCUCAAGUCCUUGCGCAUAUUGCACAGGUUUUCUGGUUGAAUGAUUUUUGGCCGAGUUAUGGCCCUUUGAUAAAAAGGUGUUUUUUUCUGUGUGUUGCCAGAUACGCAAAAGCUUGUCCGGACUACUCCUCAUAAAGUACUGGUGCAAUUUUAUCCAAACUUUACAGGAAUGAUCAGUACCAAGUCUAGUUGUGCACUGUCUGUCUGUCUGUCCGUCUGUCACAAAAUUUGUCCCAACAUGAAAUUGGCCAUCAUGAGGCGACACAUGUGAUUACUGAUCGUUCUUGUUACAUUAUAUACACGCCUAUUAAAUUUUGUGUGUAAUUUUCAUAAUUUUGUAACUGGCUAUAAUAUAUGUACACACACACACACACACACAGUAGGCGACACAUGUUUUUAAUACCUCGUGAUCAUGAUAAAGGCAAUUAAAAGUAAUUAAUACCAAUUAAUACCAAAUUAGAGGUGUUGUAACCCAUUUGUUUGUCAUGAUAAUAUUGUUUAUUUGCCAUCUAAUACUAUCAAAAGAAAAUAACUCAUGAAAUAUGCAAAUGUCAAUAAAUAACUGAUGUUUACCUGGACGGUUUCAAUUACAGUCUUGUUGAUGUAGCUUGAAUUGUAACAGUGUUAUCUAUUUAUAGAAUGAUACUUGUACGUGUGUUUAUUUUAGUAAAUGACUACAAAUAGAUUUUGCUGUAAAUUUUUUAUAUAUAUUAGAAUUUGAACCUUAUCUUAAUAAUAUUGUUAAUGAUAUUUCUAGAAUCCAGUUAAGUGGAUUCCGUUUGUCUUCGCAUAAUCUUGUAACUGAAACUGGAUGAUUUAAUAAUAUAGAGAGAAAUGAAAGAUUGUGCUUAUUUUGUAAUCAGAAACAGAUUGAAUCUGAAUAUCAUUUUUUUAUUGAUUUGUUCAAAAUAUAAUAAUAUCAGAAAAGAUUUACUUCCAAAAUAUUAUACGAGGUAUAGUCAAAAAGUUCCCGGACUCUUACGAUAACUUUGUUAUUUUGUGUAUGUUUUUAUAAUGACAUAUAUCACAUUAAAAUUUAGAGAAAUCGCUGCAUGAAUAUAUAAGAGUCAAUGAUUUUCAUAAAUGUUACACAUAUUUAACAGCCCGAUAAACUUACACACUAUGUCACGUACGGAGCACUUCGCGACGUCAACAACGCUAACGACGUUCAGGUGACGUUCAUAUUCCAGAAACAACUUACCGUCACGUUCAUACUUUUUCAAAAUAGUCCCCAUUGUGUUCAAUACACUUCCUGUGCCGCUGUACCCACUUCCGGUAAAUGUAAAGGUUACACAAAGUGCACUAGAUGUGCACUACUAGUGCACUUCAAAGUGCACUAGUAGUGCACUUCAUAAGUGCACUUUGUAGUGCACCAGACCUAUUAUAUGUAGCAGUUACCUUUUAUUUCAAUGAAUAGCAAUUUGAAUUUUACAAAAAGAUAGAUAAAUAUAGAUAUCUGUAUAAUAGUUUUUCAUAAUAGAUUUGAAGUUGUGAAUAUUGGAUUUUGUAAAAUAUGGCGUAAAAUAUUAGAACAAUAAUUUUUCAAAGUCAUUAAUUUUACUGAUUUUAAAACUUAAUUGUUAGAAUAAGUAAAUAUAAAUAAUUAUAACUUUAAUGUUGAUAAGUGCAUAAAUAAAUAAAAUUAAUUGAUAUUUAAUAUAAUUCUAUUUUAUUAUAAUCUGGUAAUGAAAUAUGAAACAUUGAAAUGCUAAUUUUUUGGAAGGUGGGGGUGCAAAUUAUACAAAUUAUAGUUUAUACCAAUUAGUAUAAACUGUUAUUAUAAAAUGCAAAAAUAUUUCAUUUUUCUUUUUUGUACUACUUGUAAUGAAAUUUAUUUGCACCAACAUCCAGAGAAUACAGAAUUUACAUUGCCUACUUAUAUUUAUCAUCUGCCUUUUGUUAUUUACCCUGAGGGGCUCUCUUAUCAGCAGGGUACUAUAUUAAAACACCAAUACACAGCAUGACUUUUGACACUUCAAUCUUCUGUAACAGUUUUAUGCUCAUGUAUGGUAAUUUAUUAAAAGAAAAAAAAAAAAACAGAUCCGCAUUAAAGUGAAAAGGAAGUUGCAAAAGUUUUAUAAUCAUGUAUUUAAAUAUUUUCUUUAAAAUAUAUUAUCUUCUAAAUGUGUUAAAACUGACAAGGUAAAUUUGUCAAAUCUAUAAUAAAAAAAAUUAACAUUUCCCAGCUCAGAAUCUAAAAGAUGAUUUUAAUGUGGAAUUGCAAGAAAUGUGGAUAAAUAUUGAUAUGAGGUCAUUCCAGAAUAGCUAAAACUGAUAUUGAUUUUAAACGAUGAGAUUAGAAAAUUCCACUUCAAACACAAUAAUGACAAUAAUAUUUAACAUGCAUAUUUUAUGCCAUUAUUAUUAUUUUUUACAUUAAAUUUUAAUUAUACAAAAAUUAUAGUCAUUUAUCUUAGAUGUCUUACAUGUAUUUUGGGGAAAAAAAACUGGAAAUUCUAAAUAAAUAUUGCAUACACCUGCUUUUUUGUUAUUUACCCUGAGGCCCCAUUAUCAGCAGGAGACCAGUGUAAUGUCAGAAAAAUACCAAUACACAGCAUGACUUGAGACUGUUCUCUUGUAUAAAAGCAUUCCCUUUAUACGUUAAGUUUUUAAUAUAGAAAUCUUAAAUAAAGUUAUCAAUUGUAUUUAUUUCAUGCACAGAUAUAUAAACUUAUAUUUAGCUCCAUGAUUUCAUGAAAAAAAAUUAAUUAUUUAUAUCUUUAAAAAGUAUGCAAGCAUUUCAUGGUUGAAAACAUAAUAUCACAGUGUAUGGAUUGUUUUAAAAUCAAUGACUUAAUAUUCUCUUUCAAUCUUGAAAAUGAGGAAUUGCCUCUUAAGUUAUAUAUUAUUAUACAGAGUGACAAGAAAUGUGGAUAAAUGGAUAAAAUAUACAAAAUUCCGCUUUAGAGACAAUAAUAUCUAAUAUGCAUUUAUGCCAUUAUGAUUUUUUUUGUAUAUUUGAUUAAACAAAAAUUAUAGUUAUUUAUCUAUAUGACUAACUAGCCUGAGUGCCUACGGCUGAUGAGUCUAACAUGCAUUUUGCGAAAACCAGGGAAUUUCAAUGCAUACUAAUAAUCCGCAAAAUUGACUGUUCUUUGUUAUUUACCCUGAGUCUCUUAUCAGCAGGAGUGGUAUAAUGAAAACAAUCCAUCUCAGUAAAAUACCAAUACACAGCAUGACUUGAGAUUUUCUUCUUCAAUAAAAGUAUUCCCUUUAUACAUAAAAUUUUUAAUAUUGAAAUCAUGAAUAAAGUUAUUAAUUUUUUUUUUUUUAUGGAUAAUAUUUUAAUUAUUUAUAUCUAUAAAACAUAUGCAAGCAUUACACAGUUGAAUACUAAAUUAUCACAGUAUAUUGAUUGUUUAAAAACCAAUGUCUUAAUAUUCUCUUUCAAUAUUGAACAUGAGGAAUUGUCUCUAAGUUAUAUAUUAUAGAAAUAAUAUUUUAUUUUAGCUUAGAUAUAAACCUUUCCUUGAUUUGAUUGAGCUUAUGAAAAAAAAGUUUAUGUUGUUACAAACUAAAUUAAUUGGGCCAGAAUUAUCACAUUGAUUUUCCCAUUUGUACAUUAGAAAAAUUGAAAUACACGGCCAUUAAAAAAAGCUUUAAAAAACACUUUUACACAAUUUAUCCAUUACGGAGCAUAUUUAAAUUAAACCUUAUUAAUUCUAUUAAUUUGAUUUUAAGGGGUAUCAUUUUACACUUACAAUUAAAUACUGGUUAAUAAAAAUAUGAUUACAAUAAAUAAUUUUUUGUUAAAUUUUAAGCUUUAACAUGUUAUCACCUAAAAUGUUAAAAUUUACUUAUUUAUAUUCAUGAACAGGCCAUAUAUUCCCAAAGUUUUUUUCUUCUUACAACAGAUUAACAAUAGAUGCCCUCUGUCAGUUGAUAUACAAUUAUCCAAUAAACCAUUUAGGUGUCACCUUCCCUGGCCAACCUGGUCAUAUGGUCUAGUGCACUAGAAGUGCACACGGUGUGCACUUCUAGUUCAGCUCUAGUGCACUAGAAGUGCACAAGGGUGGGAAGUUUAGUGUGAACUCAACUGUACCACUCUGGAGUGUAACUUCUUAUUGCGGACCUCACACCAUAUUUGAUCUCAUCUUCUGUAUCAAACCUCCCACCCCUCAAAUCUGCUUUCAGUCUAGGGAAAACACAAAAGUCUAAGGGGCGAGAUCGGGGCUAUAAGGGGGAUGACGUAGCCGCUCAUAUCCUAAGAAGUCAAUAGUUAGGAGUGUCUCGUCUGCGCGGUGUGCUGGAGCGUUAUCUUGAUGAAAAAUUAAAUUUACGAUGUAGCACCCUGCUUGCUUUUUCCUGAUAGCGUUCUUAGAUCCCUCCGCACAACCUGUUAAUAACAAAUUCAUUUUCUUUGAAACUACCACAAAUGUGGCAAAUUAUAAAAAUAAUAAUUUCUUUCAUUUUUUGAUAUAAAUUUUAUACUUUUCACCUUACAUAUAGAUAAACAUAGAAAUUUAGUAAAAACAUUUCAUGCGACAUAAUUAAUGCUUUCCUUUUGAUAGUACUCUUUGUUGACUGUCGCCGAUCUUGGCACCGCAUGUUGCAACAGCAUACCCUGGCUAUCCAUGAAGAAAAUAUACAUGACUUUCUUCGCCGACUUGCAGGUUUUCGCCUUAUUGGGGGGAGGUGAUGAAGGUCGCUUCCACACCAUCGACUCUCGUUUACUCUCCAGGUCAUAAAAGUUCACCCACGUCUCGUCCGUAGUGAUAAUGCGCCUUAGGAAUCGUUCGCCGUCUCUAUCAUAUCGCCAUAAAAAAUUCUCUGGAAGCGACUACACGGGUUGCUUUGUUUUCAUCUGUAAGUAACCUAGGUACCCAGCGGGCGCAUACCUUAUUCAUGUUUAAAUCCUUCGUCACUAUCUUAUGUACAGUUCCAUGACAAAGCCCGACGGUGUCUGCGAUAUCAUCAAUCGACUUUCUCCGAUCUUUGGCGAUGACGUCCUUCACAUCUUGGAUUGAGCGCUGAUCGUUACCCGGUCUUCCGCUUCGUGCACUAUCGGUAAUUUCCGUCUGACCUUCCCUAAAACGCUUGUGCCAGUCAAACACAAGUGUCCUAGAACAAUUAUGAACACCCUCCUUCUGAUUCAAAAACUUCCAGGUAUCAGUCGGGGGUCAUUCCAGACAUCGCACAGAAUUCUAUUUCUGCCCGCUGCUCCGUACGUUUUUCUGAGAUUGACAUUUUUUCGUACAGAAAUUUUCACGUGGCUUGAAUAAUCGUGCACAAAAUGGCGAUACGUCAUCCUAUCACGCUGAAUUUUUGCAGUUGUUUACUAGUAACGUUCAGCUAACGUCACAUACAAAAAUCACAACGUUCUGGCGCCAGUAUUUUGAUACAUUCAUGAAAGAGUAUUAUUCACUUCUAGAAAAAUCAAAUUAAUUCUGAAAUGCCCCGUACCAAGUUGCGGGUGUGUUUCAUGUGAAAAAUAAUUUCCAAAUAUUUACUAAAUUGAUUUUUUUCAUACAUGUUGCUACUCAAAUUAGUUAAAAAUACCUACAUGGUAAAUUUCAUGACAGACCGCCUUCGUGGUCGAGGGGUUAGAGUCGAUGACUUCUAAUCCAGUUACCUAUCUGGCGUGGGUUCGAUCCCCGGAGAUGCUUUGGUAGUUUAGCGCGGAGGACAGUAGUCUUGUACUGGUGUAACUCUCCAGGAACGAUGAUUAGGAAACUACCCGACUAUAUGACUGAAAUACUGUUGGGGAAAAGGCGUAAAAUGAAACAAACAAACAAACAAAACAAAUUUCAUGACAAUCGGACAUCAAUAAUCUUUUUAAACAGACCAGUCCGGGAACUUUUUGACUAUACCUCGUACAUCUUGGCCUUCACUUAAUAAAUUUGUUGCAUUAAUGAAUAAUAAUAAUAAAACUAUUCAAGUAAAAUUAGCAACUUAUAUUAAAGAGGCAUUUAAAGUAAGAACACUGGCUAUUGAGCUAAAUGAAUUUUUACAGACAAACAGUGCUUAAUUGUAAAAAAAUUUUCAUUGUAUUGUAAUGUUUAUAUAUUAUGUGUUUGAUAAAUCAUAUGCAUUUGAAUUAUUAUUGUACAUUGAUAUGUUAUUUUGUCUUGGCCAUAUUCUAUAAUUAUUUACUUGUAAAUGGCCAAAGGCAUAUUUAUGCCGAUUGCUAAAUAAAGAUUGAUUGAUUGAUUGA